ACCGAUUUUUUCCUCAAAUAGAAUGGUUCGCCGAGAAAAAGAGAAUUUGAAGUCGUGUCUCAGUUCCGGUGCUUUUUGGUUGUAGUUCAGGUCCAAAACUUUUAAGUAGUUCUGUAGUUCGGUUACUCGUGUUCUACACUGUUCAGUUUCGAAAAGACGUUGGUAGACGUAACAUCGUCACCUUGUUUGUGUGUUUCUUGUGAAUUUGGAUUUAUUUAUAGUUGAGAAAGAUGAAUUCGUACCUGUCAACGGCUGUAGACUUUCAGGCGUUGGAUUUCACUUCAAAAAUGAAAAAUCAAAUAGUGAAGCAAGAGCAACCAGUAUUGGAUCUAUCUUGCAAAAAACAACCAAUAAUUUCCACAAAUUUCACAAGUGGUCGUAUUCAACGUGACACAUUUUCCGAUUCAUCGUUUAAUUCAUCAAACGAAGAACAACAAACGCAAGCGGCAAAUUUAACAUGUCCCACUGAUAGAAGGGAAAAUCCAUUUGAAGUACGAAGCUAUAUGGUGACACCACCUUCUGAAGAAGAAUCUCCAAAGAAACCAAAAUUUGAACAAACAUAUAAUAAUAAUAAUAAAAUUAGUGUUGUACAUUCAGUGGAUCGUAUUACGCACAAUAAUUAUGUGAAUAGUCCACCAAUUCACAUACCUGUACCAAUUGUACCACAAACACAACAAUUAAUACCAACAGUACCAACCACAGUCAUACCAUCAAUGAUUGUACAAAAUAAUAAUAAUAAUAAUAAUAACAACAACAACAAUAGUCAUAUUCAAAUUCAAAUGCCAAAUGCAACAUCGACUACUCAAGAUCUUGCGACAACACCAAUAACACCUGAAUGUAAAAAAUCGGCAAGACCAUUUAAAGCAUAUCCCAAAGAUCCACUUUCGUUGAGCGUUGUUUCUGAAUUAAUAUACGAUCAAAAUUCGAAUGAUGCGUAUUCGGAAUUUCGGAAAAAAAUGCUCGACUCUGUGAGAAGAAGCAAUGAGGGAACGAACAUCAAAAUGCGAAGAGUGUCAAAAAGUCCAGGUUUGCCAACUAGCACCAUGGAUGAAAAAGAUGCUGCCUAUUGGGAGAGAAGAAAAAAAAAUAACGAGGCUGCGAAACGCUCUAGGGACGCGAGACGGGCGAAAGAAGAUGAAAUAGCAAUAAGGGCGGCUUUCCUUGAACAGGAAAAUUUGAAACUUAAAUAUGAGUUGGUUGCUCUUAGAAACGAAACAGCAAAACUAAGAUGUAUGAUAUACUCAAAUUAAGAAUUCUCACUCUCAGGAAAACUUGCUCUCUUUACAAUCUAUUUCUUGUUUUUUUCGUUAUUUUUUUUCUUUUCUUUUUUGUUUUUAUUAUUAUUCUUUUUUUUUU